CGCCACCCCUCCCCCUCUGCUAGAAACUACAAACCUUAGCGGCUCGCUCUCGUCAAGUAAUUCAUUGUAUCAGAUUUAGACGGGAGGAAGCAGCGAGCGAGUCGGCUGGUCGGAAAAACAACUUUGGUCCGGGAAACACUGAAAAACCCAACUGCUAGGCACAUAAACUGAAGGGAUGGCAGCCAUCCGUAAGAAGCUGGUAAUAGUGGGGGAUGGAGCGUGCGGGAAGACUUGCCUUCUAAUUGUCUUCAGCAAAGAUCAGUUCCCUGAAGUCUAUGUCCCCACUGUGUUUGAGAACUACGUUGCUGACAUAGAGGUGGACAGCAAACAGGUGGAGUUGGCUCUUUGGGACACAGCAGGUCAGGAGGACUAUGACAGACUGAGACCUCUCUCCUAUCCAGACACUGACGUCAUCCUCAUGUGUUUCUCCAUAGACAGCCCUGACAGCUUGGAAAACAUUCCAGAGAAGUGGACCCCGGAGGUCAAACACUUCUGUCCAAACGUUCCCAUCAUUCUGGUCGGAAACAAGAAAGAUCUGCGUAAUGACGAGCACACACGGAGAGAGCUGGCCAAGAUGAAACAGGAGCCAGUGAAAUCAGAAGAGGGCCGAGACAUGGCCGGGCGGAUUGCAGCAUUUGGCUACAUGGAGUGCUCUGCUAAGACAAAGGACGGCGUGCGGGAGGUGUUUGAGAUGGCCACCAGGGCAGCACUGCAGGCCCGUCGUGGGAAAAAGAGCAAUAAAUGUGUGCUACUGUAAA